AUGAAUAAGUGGAAGAAGCCUUCAGGUGAUCAGGCAGGAGGCCUUGAAAAGUUCAGCCCUGAUGUUCUUGCUGAUGUUUCUGAACUCUUUGCCAAGAAAUUUUCCUAUGGGAAACCACCUAAUAAUGAGUGGCAGUUACCAGAUUCUAAUGAUGUUUUCACCUAUGAUCACACAGAAUUCAAUUCACUUCUUGUUCUGAAGAAUUCCAUGAAUGAAGUAAAAAACUUACUGAGUGAUAAAAACCUAGAUGAUUGGCAUCAGCACACUUCUUUCACCAAUAAAGCUGGAAAAAUCAUUCCUCAUGUGAAAAAGAUUGUAAAUGCAGAACUUUGUACCCAGGCUUGGUGUAAAUUCCAUGAGGUAUUAUGUAGCUUCCCACUUAUUCCCCAAGAAGCUUUUCAGAAUGGAGAACUAAACUCAGUUCACCUUUGUGAAGCUCCUGGUGCUUUUAUAGCCAGUCUUAACCACUAUUUAAGAUCCCAUAAUAUACCCUGUGAUUGGAACUGGGUAGCUAACACCCUGAAUCCUUACCAUGAAGCAAAUGACAACCUUAUGAUGAUUAUGGAUGACCGACUUAUUGCAAAUACCUUGCCAUGGUGGUACUUUGGACCAGAUAACACUGGUGAUAUCAUGACACUGAAACAUCUGACUGGACUUCAGCAUUUCAUAAGCAACAUGUCUACUGUUCAUUUGGUCACUGCAGAUGGGAGUUUUGAUUGUCAAGGUAAUCCAGGGGAACAAGAAGCUUUGGUCUCCCCUUUGCAUUACUGUGAAGUAGUCACUGCACUGAUGACUCUGGGUAAUGGUGGCUCUUUUGUUUUGAAGAUGUUCACUCUUUUUGAACAUUGCUCCAUCAACUUGAUGUACCUGCUGAAUUGUUCCUUUGAGGAGAUUCAUGUUUUCAAACCUGCUACUAGCAAAGCUGGGAACUCAGAAGUCUAUGUGGUUUGUCUUUAUUAUCUGGGUAGAGAGGCCAUCCAUCCUCUGUUGACUAAAAUGAUGCAACAUUUUGGAACUGAAAUGAUCAAUAAAGCUCUUUUCCCCCAACAUAUGAUUCCAGAAUCUUUUCUCAAAAGGCAUGAAGAAUGCUGUCUCUUCUUUCACAAGUAUCAGUUGGAAACUAUUUCUGAAAACAUUCGGCUGUUUGAGUGCAUUAGUGAAGUGGAACAAACUAAGCUGAAUAAUUUAAGGGACUGUGCUGUGGAAUAUUUCAUGCAAAAGUUCCAAAUGAAGCGCCUUUCCAGAAAUAAUUGGUUAGUAAAGAAAUCCAGUAUUGGGUGUAGUAUGAAUUCAAAAUGGUUUGGACAAAGAAACAGAUAUUUCAAAACUUACAAUGAAAGGAAGAUGCUAGAAGCACUUUCAUGGGAAGAUAAGAUGACCAACGGAUACUUCAAUCAUUGGGCCGAAGAGCAUGCUAUAAAUAAUGCUGGAAAAAAUACCAUUCUAGAAAGUGUUUGUGCUAAUCUUGAGUAUCACCUGUGGUAUAUCUUAGAGGGAAUGAAAUUGCCAAAAGUCAAGUGCUCUCCUUUCUGUGAUGGUGGGAUUUUAAAGACUCUAAAUGAAGCCAUUGAAAAGUCCUUUGGGGGCACACUGACCUCGAGUUCUACAUUGAGACAAAAGCCACUGCAUUGCUAUUCUUGCCACAUUCUUUCUGAAGAGCUAAUAUUUUCUGAGAUGUUGAGCCUUGCUGAGUGCUAUCAAGAUGAGUCAGCAGAAGGACGGAGCAACAAGAGCAAGUGUCUGCUAGUGGGUUUGCUGCCUCCUGAUGAUAAAAUCUAUCACUCUAUGGAAGUGAGUCUUUUGGAAUCUGCUGAUCUCAUGACUUUCUGCUGUUCAUUGCUUCAUGAUGGAGAACCAGAGUAUCAGCAAAUGUUUCUGGACUGCUUUCUGCGUUCCUUGCCUCGCCUUCAGACAGGGGAUGCUUUGAUUUUGCCUGUGCUCUCCUGCUUUACAAGAUUCAUGGCCGGCAUGGUCUUUGUUCUGCAUAGUUGCUUCAGGUUUAUCACAUUUUCUUGUCCAAUUUCUUCAGAGCCUCUGAGCACCUGUGCAGUCCUGCUAUGUGUUGGUUAUCGAGAUCUCCCAUCUCCUGUGCUCCAGUACUUACAGAAUCUGAAGGAAUUAAUGAGUACAUUGCUCGACUCUGAUGCUUCUCAUCAGGUUUUGCAGUUUGUGCCCAUGGAAGUUGUCCUUAAUGGGAUGCUUCUAGAGUUUUUAUGGGAUUUAAACACUACCAUUGCAAAAAGGCAGUUGCAUUUGAUCAUUCAAGGAGAGCAGCAGCAGAAGUCCACAUUGUAA